AUGGCUUCCUCACUCACGAGCGAUGAUGAGGAUCGCGACAAUGAUCAGAUCUUCAACCGGCUACAGCAACCCGCCGAUCCGAAAUUAUUGGAGGAGCAACAGCAAGCUAUGAAUGAGCGAAUUAAUGCCAUCUACCAAAAAGCGCAAGCUCGACUUGCGGAAGCGAUCGACGAAAACUCGACGUUGCCAGUCACUAUUUCCCGCAUACAGAUACUCAACGCGAAUCAUACUCGGAAAGGCUUCUUGGAACGCAUCUUCAAUCCAAUCCUCAGUGCCAAUCAAACAAGACCUUACACGCUGUCGGAAGCUCUGCAGAAAGUAUCUCAAGGAGCAGACAAACUUAGCCGCUUUGAUGUCUUCCACGAACCCAUUUCGAUUUUCCUGGACAAACCAACAGAUCCAAAUGCCUUGCCCACCGACCUUGACGUUUAUCUGUCUGUUCGAGAGAAGUCAAGGAUUCUACUGAAAACCGGAACUGACUUGGGUAAUGCCGAAGGCUCCGCUUACGGGAACUUGUUGUGGCGGAACAUAUUCGGCGGUGCCGAGACGCUGAAUUUGAAUGCAUCUUUGGGUACUCGGACGAGGUCUGCGUACCAGGCUGCAUUUGAGGCCCCAGUUUUGAGCGAUCCGAACUUCCGCUGGGAAGUCGGAGCCAUAGCCAGUGCCACACAAAAGCCCUGGGCAAGCCAUGAAGAAGUCCUCAAGGGAGGAUGGGCCAGGCUGCGGUGGCAAACUCAAGCAAGUCAACGUCAUGAACUUACGUAUAACGGGUUUUGGAGGCAAGUCACCGGGUUGUCGCCAGAUGCUUCGCUGGUUGUUCGGGGCGAUGCGGGUGACAGCGUCAAAAGCAGCAUUUCGCACACUUGGGUUUAUGAUGGCAGGAACCACCCCCUUUUGCCAUCUAGCGGGUUAUACGCCAAAACUCUCAACGAGGUUGCUGGAGUGGGCCCACUUAAAGGAGAUGUUUCAUUCUGGAAAUCGGAAUUUGAAACUCAAGGGGCCAUUCCCAUUCCCAUUCCCGGUAUUAAAGGCCCAAGCGGUGUCAGCUUCACGACUGGUCUGCGGGCUGGUCUUCUCUACCCUCUGAGUCUCGACCCGAAAUCACCACCACAGCCGUCUCGUAUCAAUGAUCGCUUCUUGCUAGGUGGUCCCACAGACGUUCGAGGUUUCCGCCAGGCGGGUCUUGGUCCCCGCGACAGCAGUGAUGCCGUUGGUGGCGAUGUUUAUGCAGCAGGAAGCGCAAACCUCUUUGUUCCUCUGCCACGUGUUGGCCGUGAUACGCCACUGCGCUUGCAAGCAUUUGUCAACGCAGGCCGCCUGCUCUCUCUUCGUACUUCUAACAACGAACCUCCGAAAACCAAUGACCAAGUUAAGGAUGCAAUCACGUCAACCAUAAGUGAGCUUGGUAACGGGCUUCCCAGCACAGCAGCUGGUAUUGGACUGGUAUAUGCGCAUCCCGUCGCUCGGUUUGAGCUGAACUUCUCUCUUCCUGUCUUCCAGCGCAAAGGAGAGGAAGGAAGGAAAGGUCUCCAGCUGGGGAUUGGAAUCAAUUUCUUGUAG